UCAAAGACGUGGUCGCUGGUAGCUGAGUUGCGUUAGGACUUGUGGCCGGGUCAGCAGCUACCUGGUUUUUUGGACGGUUGUUUUGGCAUCAUCUGUGUGUCCGCAGGCCCGGAUCGCCGCAGUUCUUGUGCCCUCUUGGAAGACGUGGGUUCUGGUAGCCGAGUUGCCUUAGGACCUGUGGCCGAGUCAACAGUGCAGCUACCUCGUCUUUGGUGCUUAGACGGUUGUAAGCGCAAGGUCCUUGUGUCCAGGCCUGGAUCGCCACACUUCCUGUGUCCUCUCCAUAGACGUGGGCUCUGGUAGCUGAGUUCCCUUGGGACUUGUUGCCUUACCGGAACGUCCUGGUCAACGCUGCCACGUGGUCUUUGUUCUAUCGGACUGUUGUUUCAAAGAUUCACCCGACCAGGCACAGCUCGCCACAGUUGUGUCCUCUUCAAAAACGUGGUCUCUGGUAGCUGAGUUUCGUUGGGACUUGUUGCCGUGCCAGGACGCCUUGGUCAGCCCUGCUACCUUGUAGCCUGUCGUGCUCAAGAGUUGUGCGUCCAGGGCAGUUCGCCUCAGCUCUUGUGUCCUCUUCAAACAAGUGUCUCUUGACCAUCGGAGCUGCCUUAGUCCGUGGUGUGAUCCCCGAUUUCGGUCUGGUAGCCAACGCCCUCGGACUGUCGCAGCUCGCCACAGUAUCAGCUAGUGUCUUCCUCUUCAAAGACGUGCUUUCUUAGCGGCACUACCUUAAUUGCUUAGUGCAGUUUGUUAGAACGGACAGCGGCGGUGGACCUCUUCCUUGCAUCCUGGUGCGGUCUCGGAGGCUUCAUCUUCAGCAACGUUUUUUGGGGCCCCACAGCGUCUUGAAAGGAAUUUCUCUUUUGUACACAGGAUUCCUGCGACUUUUGGCGUGUCAUGAGGAUCGACAACAGGAGCCUGCUGAAGAUGCUGAACGGCCACAACGGCGGAGACGCGUCGUCUGCGACGUUGUCUUGGAGCGUGGGGCUUCUGAACGGCGCCCACAAGUACCUCACAGCUGAGACGUUUGGGUUCAAGGUGAAUGCCAAUGGGGCGGCCCUGAAGAAGAAGCAGCUGUGGACCCUGGAGCCCUGCUGCGUGCCCGGUGAGGACCAGGCCGCGGUGCGCCUGCGCUCCCACCUGGGACGCUACCUGGCGGUGGACCAGUUCGGCAACGUGACCUGCGAGGACGAGGAGGCCGGCGAGGGCUCCCGCUUCCACAUCACGGUGUCGGGGGACUCCCGGGGCCAGUGGGCGCUGCGCAACUCUAACCGAGGCUACUUCCUGGGGGCCUCAGGCGACCAGCUGGUCUGCGUGGCCAAGGCCCCAGGGUCGGCCGAGCUCUGGACCGUGCACCUGGCCGCCAGGCCCCAGGUGACCAUCCGGUCGGCCGGGCGCCGGCGGUUUGCCAGGCUGUCGUCUGCCGGUGACGAGAUCCAGGUGGACGCAGCGACGCCCUGGGGCGAGGACACGCUGUUCACGCUGGAGUUCCGGGACGGCCGCUAUGCCUUGCACACAGGCAACGACCGUUACCUGGCCCCUGACGGGAAGCUCCUGGAGACGUGCGCCCCAGAGUGCCUCUUCAGCCUGGAGUUCCACUCAGGGUACCUGGCCCUGCGCGACCUGAACCUGCGCUACCUGUCCCCCAUCGGGUCCAAGGCAGUGAUGCGCACCCGCUCCAACUCGGUGACCAGGGAUGAGCUCUUCUCGCUCGAAGACUCUGUGCCGCAGGCGGCCUUUGUCGGCUUCAACGGGAAAUAUGUCUCCGUCAAGCAGGGUGUGGACGUGACGGCCAAUCAGGACGAAGUGUCCGACCACGAGACGUUCCAGCUGGAGUGGGACAAGGGUACCGGACGCUGGCUGGUGCGCACGAUGCAGGACAAGUACUGGACGCUCGAGAGUUCCUCCGGGAUCCAGGCCAACGCUGACAAGGGGUCAUCCAACUGCCUGUUUGAGCUGUGCUGGCAGGCUGACGGGAGCCUCACCCUGGUGGCCAACAACGGGAAGCUGGUGGGGGCCAAGAAGAGCGGCCACCUGUUUGCCAACUGCGAGGCGGGGGACCCCGCGGCCAAGUUCCACUUUGCCCUGGUGAACCGUCCCGUGCUGGUGCUGCGUUGCGACCAGGGCUUCGUGGGGCGCAAGGGCCCCUCCUCGCCCAAGCUGGAGUGCAACCGGGCCAGCUACGAGGUGGUGCACGUGGAGCGGGGGGACCGGGGCGUCUGCCUCCUUAAGGGCAACAACGGCAAGUACUGGGGCGUCGCGGAGGACGGUUCCGUGUCCGUCGACGCGGACGACUGCCGCGGCUUCUACGUGGAGCUGCGCGAGCCGUCCCGGCUGUGCCUCAAGACGGCCGACGGAUCCUACCUCAAUGCGGACAAGAACGGAGCCUUCAAGGCUGGGGCUGCGGACCCCGAGCAGGCCACCCUCUGGGAAUACUAGAAACCGUCUGCAGAGACGUCCGCACGGCCGGCCGUCCGGCUACGGCUACGGCCCCCCCACCCAACGCGGCCGGGGAAGCGGACCGUCCUCCCUUCAUCCCGACCCCUAGUUGUUUUUUUGUUUUUCUCGUGACUUUUUUUUUUUCUUUCUUUGACUCUUGGGUUUUUUUUGUGGUGGUAAUAUGUUCUUGCUCCCAUAACGCAAUUCUGACCAGUACCCGUGAGCUGAUGUGGAAGUAUCGGGUCUCGGUUUAGCUAUAUCGAUACCCUGCAGAGAUGGCUGUUUGUGUUUAGCGUUAACUAUUUCCUGCUACGUUGUCGAGGCUAUAGCAUAGCCUCUGCAGUGCUUUAACACUUUCAAAGCCACUUGCAAAUGCGAAAGGUUGUCACGUGCACGUGCUCUCGCAGAAGCGCGUGGCUGCAGCACUGUGGAGGCUAUGUCAGCCUCGACGACACAGCGCGAAAUAGUAGGUGCCGAGUACAAGUCUGUCGAGAGUGCUCGACGACGUGGCCAUACUGGAAAAACGGUACUGCCGGGAAAAUACGACCGAAUGUUACCGCCAUCCGACAUGACUUUGCCAGCGUGACCUCUGUCGUGCGAAGCCCAACUUUUAUUCGAGGAAGUGGUAAUGCGACGCAAUAUUCCUACCAAUUUGCUGAGCAGCGUUCUUGUCUCCAGACAGCAUUACAGUACUACUUGCCGUUGCUUUGCUGUGCCACCAUCUAGUGAACAAACGCUUGCUGUAUUCGGGCGACGGAAAUAUUUUACCGUUGAAACAUUUUACGACAUAAUGUGCCCACAUCGCUGAGCAGUGCCGCCGUCAAAUCGGCUACUACCGUCUAAUCUUGCUGCCAGCCAGAACUGGACUACCUUGAGCGAUUCGGGUAACCGUACCGUGCCGCCGUAAGAUCUUUAGCCUAUUUCUGUGCUCGGUGAGGUGUGGUGAGAUUCAGGAACAAAUAUUGUUUGUGUAUUUGGGGGAAUACAGUUCUUUCGUCGGUGGAUUCGGCUUUACCAGUCAACCGCACAGUAUGAGCGACGCGGUCGGCUCAGGCAUGUGAACGUGUUCAUCUGUGGAGGUUCCCCAAGACACGACGAAAUCUGAGAUUAUUAUUCGUACCGAGAUUGUUUCUAUCUAGCGAAUGUAAACAUAAAGUGAACUGGCAUCGACCAAGUGAAUUGUACCAUAAAUUUUUUUUUUAAGAGACUUUCUAGCUUAACGCAGGCACAAUACACUCUUGGCAGUAUUGCACCAUGCCGACACUUUUUUUGUUUUCUGGACGUCUUUUCGUCUUCCGCUUUGCAAUCAUUUUUUUCAGAAUCUCCACUACGUGUCAACGUCGGACGCUUUCGACCCCCCCCCCCCCUCCUCCUUCUCCCGAGAUCAAAUAAUUUAUGUCGGAAAACCCCCUAAUGUAACAAGUGCGAGACUCGACGUCUCGUUGUGUAAAGCGACGUCUGAUGUGUAGUUUGCAUGUGUCUGUCUUCGCUUCGAGCCUGUACGUCGUUCCUUUACUCGCGUUUACUAAAAAGCGACAGAAAGUGACGUGUGCAUUUUCGGACAGUACUCAAUGUCUCAUCGAAAACUGCAGGAACGCCGAAGGAAUCGUUUUUGUACGCAUGACGGCGGCCCACUUACUUAAACUCUGUGUCGGGCCGACGACUGGUUAGCCGGAAAUGCUCAAGAGCCAUGAGAAUGAUGCUCUCUAAUCAAAUCACUCGUGCUUUAUUUGCAACAAACAUCAUAGCUUCCGGAAAGGACGGUGCGGCAUCGUGCGACCACGACUCUGCCCUUAGGAAUGUGUAACUGGACGCAACUCUUUCCUACUCUGACACAUGCCAAAUGGUUGACAUUCCUUCCACUCUAUAGUUGUAUAGUAGGUUUAUACAUUUUUUUACACGACUACUCUCGGCAAACAACCCUGCGCGGUGGAAUGUGCGGAAAUUUGAAGACGGCGCCGCCGGCCGUUUUCAUUUGACAUUGCGUCUGCUCGCUCUGUGUAGCUUUAUUUUCGUAGAGUAUUGUUGAUACUAUAUAUAUAUAUAUAUAUAUAUAUACUUUUUUGUGUUUUUUUUUUUUGUUUUUUUUCGGAGCUGGAAUGGGCUCUUCUUGCCGACGGUGCGGGCUGGAAUUUUUUCAAGUGUGUGUGACCAGUUUUUGCAUGUUUAUAUACCGAAACUUUACGAAAUACAACCAAUUUUCAGUCA